AUGAAAAAAUCAACAGUAAAAAAGAAAGAUCGACCGAAUCAAAGACAGAUAGCAUUUCGUCAAGAAGCCGUUAAUGCUUUAAUAGAACUUAAAGAUGAGGGACAGGUGACAUUUGAAAAAGCGAUUGAAGUCGCAAAAUUGGACUGUAGACAGUGCAAAUUGCAUGAUGUUCCGCAUAAUCCAAAGCAUCAGAAUUGUCGAGACAACCCAUUCUGUAUUCACAGAUUGGGAAUUGAAAAAUUUGAUAAGCUAUUAAGUAAGGAACUUGAGCGAAGAGAAGAAGUCAAAAAAGACCAAAAACGACGCGAUCUUAAUGACCAGCCGGCCGGAUUAAUCAAUACUGGCAACUUUUGCUACGUUAAUAGUUUCCUGCAGGUUUGGUUUAACGAGAUCAAAUUCCGCCAAAUUGUAUAUGAUUUUCGCCCAUCUACUCAUUACGUUGUACCGCCACUUCCUCGAAUGAAUGUGCAGGAAGUUAUGCUGGCGUUGCAGGACCUAUUUUAUACAUUGGAUACAACACCAUUCUUUGACACUAAUAAAAAUGAUCAAUUGAUUAAAGCAUUACGGUUAGGAUCAGAUCAGCAAGAUACGCAGGAAUUCACAUUGAUGCUUUUUGAUGCUCUUGAUCGAAACCUCGAACACCAUCCAAAUGGAAAGGAAAUACAAAAAAGAAUUCGCAAUCUUUAUACGGGUAUGACAACAUCACGAAUCGCUUGCCAAUGUGGGAUGGCGUCUGUACGCGAAGAACGAUCAACAUCGCUUCAAUUGAAUAUUGAUGGCUAUUCAACACUUCUUGAUGCUUUAAAUGCUUAUUAUAGAGUUGAAAAACUUGACGACUAUCGAUGUAGUGAAUGCAAUAGAACAGGGUGUGUGACGAAGGAAAUUGAUUAUACGUUAUUACCUCCUGUACUAAUAAUUCAACUGAAUCGAUAUAGAUAUACAGCGAAAGGUCGACAGAAGCUUAAAACAAGCUUGGCAUAUCCGCGAGAAAUCUGCUCGACGAUUUUCAAUCGGAAAAACAAUACAAAUCCAGAAAUGUACGAGCUUUUCGCUGUUACCAUUCAUGAUGGAGACAACGCCGAAUGCGGGCAUUAUUAUGAUCUUGUCAAGUCGCCGUUCAACCAGAAAUGGUAUCGAUAUGACGAUGCGAAUGUUGAAGUUCUCGCGAAACCGCCGGGAACUGAAAAACCUACAACUAUGACCGAUGGGAAAAGGAACAAGGAUAAAAUGAAACCGGCGGCAGAUCAGAAAGCUUGCUACGGAUUACUGUAUAGAAAAAAAGAAUCUGUUCAACCUGUUCCACGGCCGAAGUUUCCACCGGAAGAAUUGGUGGCGGAGUCGAGAAAACAGAUCGAAGAGUCAUUUGAAGGUCAAACGAAAAGGAAUAUGGAGAAGUGUGAGAAACGGUUGUACGAUGUUCAACGGAGAACCGAUAAACUGAAAAAUACGCUCAGCAAGCUUGAGACAUAUGAGUCGAAAUUCAAACAUCCCAAUGAGGUGGCUUUUAUUCCAACGUCGUUGCUCGUAAAUGUUCUUCAACAAGAGUACGAAGUGGCGAAAGGCGAAAAGAAGGAGCAACACAAUGGUGUGGAGGAAGAGGGGAAGGAGACAAAUGGGACUGUUGAGCACGAACAGUUGAACACUUCAAUUACUGAUGAAAGUAUUGUCGAAGCCCCGGCUGAAGCUGAAAAAUCUGCGAAUGAUAUGGAUCUUCUGGCUUUGGCGAUGACUUCUUCGGAACUUCCCACUCUUCCUGUUAAUGAGAAUCGAGCACGAACUAGAGCGCAAAACGGCAUUUCGAAAUCUGUUUUUGGUUAUAAAUCGAGCCCAAAGAAGCGACCAUUGUCGGCGAAACAGACAGUAUCGACGCGUGUGGCCAACAGACUCGAGUCGCAUGAAAUGAGCCUUUGUCUCCAUGGGAAAAUGUCUAUUGAGCCAAUUCUUUAUGGCGAUGUGAAGGCAGUGAGCAGAUCGCCGGCGAUCAUGUUUCUGCGAGAAUAUGACUUUAAAGUGAAAAUUGAGCGAGAUGAUGGCAAAAAAGAAUAUCCGCUUCCAGAAAAGGAUAAAGAGAUUUAUGUGCUGACAGCCGAGGACAUUUGUAUGGAAUGCGUUCGGGAAAUGAGAAGAGACGGAAUUUUCAAAGGCCGACUUGAUGAUGAUGAACGAAUGGUUAAAAAAAUAUUGAAAGAAGAAAAGAUUCGGUGUUCUGUUAAAGGAUUGAAAGCGAAGCCGGAAGAUCAUUUUUAUGUCGCGAAAAUUGCAUUGUCGAAUUUCAAGAAAAACGCGGAACUUGCGAGAGAACAUCGAUUACAGCAGACGCCAUCCAAUGGUGGAACCUUGUUUUACGAAAGUACCCUAUCGCAAAAAGAAGAUUCGACGUUUCUCUCAUUACCAUCUUACAAGCAAAUUCGCUGUAAAUCGCGUCGAUCUCUUCAUGAUGGUAGUGAGCCAAGUGCAAAAAUGGCGAAAAACGCCGAUGAGUCAUCUCAAAGUUUGAAUUCGACGUUAACCGAUGUUGAAGGAUUUCCAGAGCAGAUUCUUGAAGAAUAUGAUCCGAGUGGAAUUGUCGAAAGUCUCGUCGAAAAAGUUGCGCAGGCAAUUGAAAUGGAGGAAAACGAGAAUACGAGGUCAUCCGGAUCCACAUGUGGAAAUGAAUUAAGCUCAUGGACACGAUCGCCGACCAGCUCGUCUCCGGUUGAAUUCAAUUCUGAAUUGAGGUGCCCUCAUGGUGGUGUCAAUUUCAAUCAAUUUCGGCACUCCGUUUCACCGGAUGAAUGGUCCCGUCUACAGUAUUACUUUGACAGUUGCUUCGCCGUUCGUGUGACUGACGAAGUUUGCGAAACGUGUCGACAGGAUGAGGUUGAUGCUCAAACCGGAUCGGAAAACAUGAGGAUUCUGGUGCGAGAAAUGCGCAAACGAUUGACCGAUGUGCUAAAAAAGGUGGAAUCGAGACAAACGAAUUAUGAUAAAAUGAAUGAGACAAUCGAGUUUGGUGUUUGUAGCGCAUUCAUGGAUAAACUCAAAAAAUUGAGCACUCGGAAUGCGACAACUCCGCCGCCAAUUUGCCAAUCGUGCUUAUUUUGCGAACAUGCUGCUCCUUUUAAGGGGUUCUAUAACAAAAAUUACGAGCCGGACUCGUAUAUGGUUGGACUCACUAAGAACGAAUGGAACACGAUUGUGAAGGAGAUUGAAAGUCUCCAGAACGUCGAAAGCUCACCGGAAAUUCCGGAGCAACCGAAGACGAUUCGGAUCAAAAGCGGAGAAAUUGAAAACUUUUGCGAGGCGUGCAAUUCGAGUUAUUUGCAAUUUCGAGAGGAUCAGAAAUAUAUUUUUGACAAUGAGAAUGUUAUGGUUCGGCUCAUUUCGCCGGUCGAAGUUGAAGAAGAAGAACCACAACGAAGCUCAAAAUUGACAAGAAGGAAGAAAAAUGUGCAUGCUGUUAAGAUGUCGUCCAGCUCUCGUCUAAUGGAUUUGAAAGUCGCGCUUUAUCAGAAAUGUUGUCAAGCUCCGAACGAUCAAAUACUGUAUAGAACUGUUGGCGGUGAAGCUCUUGACGCGAAUUGCAAUUCAAAAACAUUAUUUGAACUUCGAAUAUCACCAAAUAAUAUUGAAAAUCCCCUUAUUCUUAUUGCGAAUCCUCAAGUAAUAUCACAAAACACAAACGAAGAAAGAAUGGAACAGCGAGCCCCUGAACGAGGAUUCGUCGAUACUGCUCUUGCUCACUAG